AUGGUUACAAUUGGUCAUAAGUCCAUCGAUUAUUUCGUAAAAUUCUUGGAGGCAUUUACGACAUUGAGUCCUAAGUUCUUGCUCGUAGACUCUAUUGUUGUUACUCAACAGUACACACAAGAGGAUGAACCUAUGAUCGCUAUAAGUCAAAUAAGAACUGCUACUGGAGAAAAUGAUAUCCUCACAGCCAUUGAAAGCAUAAAAACAAAGAAGCCAAAACCUCAAUCAACAACAUCUUCACCUCCAACACAACAAACUAAUGAUCAAACUACUAUUACUGCUGGUCGCGAACAAUCUAGUGAUCAAACUACCUCGUCGUCUAGUAAUCAAACAACAACUGUUCUUAGUAGCGAACAAUCUAGUGAUCAAACUGCCACAUCAUCUAAUGAUCAAACUACUACUGUUUCUGGUGGCGAACAAUCUACUGAUCAAACUAGUACUGCUGUUGGUGGUAAACAAUCUAGUGAUCAAACUACCACAUCGUCUAGUAAUCAAACAACAACUGUUCUUAGUAGCGAACAAUCUAGUGAUCAAACUGCCACAUCAUCUAAUGAUCAAACUACUACUGUUUCUGGUGGCGAACAAUCUACUGAUCAAACUAGUACUGCUGUUGGUGGUAAACAAUCUAGUGAUCAAACUACCACAUCGUCUAGUAAUCAAACAACAACUGUUCUUAGUAGCGAACAAUCUAGUGAUCAAACUGCCACAUCAUCUAAUGAUCAAACUACUACUGUUUCUGGUGGCGAACAAUCUAGUGAUCAAAGUAUUACUGCUGUUGGUGGUAAACAAUCUAGUGAUCAAACUGCCACAUCAUCUAAUGAUCAAACUACUACUGUUUCUGAUGGCGAACAAUCUAGUGAUCAAACAACUACUGCUUUUAGUGGUAAACAAUCUAGUGUUCAAACUACCACAUCGUCUAGUAAUCAAACAACAACUGUUCUUAGUAGCGAACAAUCUAGUGAUCAAACUGCCACAUCAUCUAAUGAUCAAACUACUACUGUUUCUAGUGGCGAACAAUCUAGUGAUCAAACUAUUACUGCUGUUGGUGGUAAACAAUCUAGUGAUCAAACUGCCACAUCAUCUAAUGAUCAAACUACUACUGUUUCUGAUGGCGAACAACCUAGUGAUCAAACUACUACUGCUGUUAGUGGUAAACAAUCUAGUGUUCAAACUACCACAUCGUCUAGUAAUCAAACAACAACUGUUCUCAGUGGCGAACAAUCUAGUGAUAAAACCGGCACAUCAUCUGAUGAUCGUACUACCAUAGCUCCUGGUGGCGAACAAUCUAGUGACCAAACCACUACUGCCACAUCGUCUAGUGAUCAAACUACCUCCUCGUCUAGUAAUCAAACAACAACUAUUCUUAGUAGCGAACAAUCUAGUGAUCAAACUGCCACAUCAUCUAAUGAUCAAACUACUACUCUUUCUGGUGGCGAACAAUCUAGUGAUCAAACUAUUACUGCUGUUGGUGGUAAACAAUCUAGUGAUCAAACUGCCACAUCAUCUAAUGAUCAAACUACUACUGUUUCUGAUGGCGAACAAUCUAGUGAUCAAACUACUACUGUUUUUAGUGGUAAACAAUCUAGUGUUCAAACUACCACAUCGUCUAGUAAUCAAACAACAACUGUUCUCAGUGGCGAACAAUCUAGUGAUAAAACCGGCACAUCAUCUGAUGAUCAAACUACUACUGUUUCUGGUGGCGAACAAUCUAGUGAUCAAACUAUUACUGCUGUUGGUGGUAAACAAUCUAGUGAUCAAACUGCCACAUCAUCUAAUGAUCAAACUACUACUGUUUCUGAUGGCGAACAAUCUAGUGAUCAAACUACUACUGCUGUUAGUGGUAAACAAUCUAGUGUUCAAACUACCACAUCGUCUAGUAAUCAAACAAACACUGUUCUCAGUGGCGAACAAUCUAGUGAUAAAACCGGCACAUCAUCUAAUGAUCAAACUACUACUGUUUCUGGUGGCGAACAAUCUAGUGAUCAAACUAUUACUGCUGUUGGUGGUAAACAAUCUAGUGAUCAAACUGCCACAUCAUCUAAUGAUCAAACUACUACUGUUUCUGAUGGCGAACAACCUAGUGAUCAAACUACUACUGCUGUUAGUGGUAAACAAUCUAGUGUUCAAACUACCACAUCGUCUAGUAAUCAAACAACAACUGUUCUCAGUGGCGAACAAUCUAGUGAUAAAACCGGCACAUCAUCUGAUGAUCGUACUACCAUAGCUCCUGGUGGCGAACAAUCUAGUGACCAAACAACUACUGCCACAUCAUCUAGUGUUCAAACUACCUCGUCGUCUAGUAAUCAAACAACAACUGUUCUUAGUAGCGAACAAUCUAGUGAUCAAACUGCCACAUCAUCUAAUGAUCAAACUACUACUCUUUCUGGUGGCGAACAAUCUAGUGAUCAAACUAUUACUGCUGUUGGUGGUAAACAAUCUAGUGAUCAAACUGCCACAUCAUCUAAUGAUCAAACUACUACUGUUUCUGAUGGCGAACAAUCUAGUGAUCAAACUACCACAUCGUCUAGUAAUCAAACAACAACUGUUCUCAGUGGCGAACAAUCUAGUGAUAAAACCGGCACAUCAUCUGAUGAUCAAACUACUACUGUUUCUGGUGGCGAACAAUCUAGUGAUCAAACUAUUACUGCUGUUGGUGGUAAACAAUCUAGUGAUCAAACUGCCACAUCAUCUAAUGAUCAAACUACUACUGUUUCUGAUGGCGAACAAUCUAGUGAUCAAACUACUACUGCUGUUAGUGGUAAACAAUCUAGUGUUCAAACUACCACAUCGUCUAGUAAUCAAACAAACACUGUUCUCAGUGGCGAACAAUCUAGUGAUAAAACCGGCACAUCAUCUAAUGAUCAAACUACUACUGUUUCUGGUGGCGAACAAUCUAGUGAUCAAACUAUUACUGCUGUUGGUGGUAAACAAUCUAGUGAUCAAACUGCCACAUCAUCUAAUGAUCAAACUACUACUGUUUCUGAUGGCGAACAACCUAGUGAUCAAACUACUACUGCUGUUAGUGGUAAACAAUCUAGUGUUCAAACUACCACAUCGUCUAGUAAUCAAACAACAACUGUUCUCAGUGGCGAACAAUCUAGUGAUAAAACCGGCACAUCAUCUGAUGAUCGUACUACCAUAGCUCCUGGUGGCGAACAAUCUAGUGACCAAACCACUACUGCCACAUCAUCUAGUGAUCAAACUACCUCGUCGUCUAGUAAUCAAACAACAACUGUUCUUAGUAGCGAACAAUCUAGUGAUCAAACUGCCACAUCAUCUAAUGAUCAAACUACUACUGUUUCUGGUGGCGAACAAUCUAGUGAUCAAACUAUUACUGCUGUUGGUGGUAAACAAUCUAGUGAUCAAACUGCCACAUCAUCUAAUGAUCAAACUACUACUGUUUCUGAUGGCGAACAAUCUAGUGAUCAAACAACUACUGCUUUUAGUGGUAAACAAUCUAGUGUUCAAACUACCUCGUCGUCUAGUAAUCAAACAACAACUAUUCUUAGUAGCGAACAAUCUAGUGAUCAAACUGCCACAUCAUCUAAUGAUCAAACUACUACUGUUUCUGGUGGCGAACAAUCUAGUGAUCAAACUAUUACUGCUGUUGGUGGUAAACAAUCUAGUGAUCAAACUGCCACAUCAUCUAAUGAUCAAACUACUACUGUUUCUGAUGGCGAACAAUCUAGUGAUCAAACUACUACUGCUGCUAGUGGUAAACAAUCUAGUGUUCAAACUACCACAUCGUCUAGUAAUCAAACAACAACUGUUCUCAGUGGCGAACAAUCUAGUGAUAAAACCGGCACAUCAUCUGAUGAUCGUACUACCAUAGCACCUGGUGGCGAACAAUCUAGUGACCAAACCACUACUGCCACAUCAUCUAGUGAUCAAACUACCUCGUCGUCUAGUAAUCAAACAACAACUGUUCUUAGUAGCGAACAAUCUAGUGAUCAAACUGCCACAUCAUCUAAUGAUCAAACUACUACUGUUUCUGGUGGCGAACAAUCUCGUGAUCAAACUAUUACUGCUGUUGGUGGUAAACAAUCUAGUGUUCAAACUGCCACAUCGUCUAGUAAUCAAACAACAACUGUUGUUAGUGGCAAACAAUCUAGUGAUCAAACUGGCACAUCAUCUGAUGAUCGUACUACCAUUGCUCCUGGUGGCGAACAAUCUAGUGACCAAACCACUACUGCCACAUUAUCGAGUGAUCAACCAAAUACUAUCCCCGAAGGUGAACAUUUUAGUGAUCAAACUACUCCUUCUCCUGGUGGCGAGCCAUCUGUUAAUCAAAACACUCCUGCUCCUGGUAGCGAGCUAUCUAGCGAUCAAACAAAUACUUCUCCUGGAUCCUCUUCUGAAAACGAAACUACUCCUACCCGUGGCGAAGAACAACCUUCAACAAAUCCUGAAAUUCAGCCUCUCAACUCGAAUACUACAUCACCCGAAGAACAAUCUCAAUCUGAUCGAACAGCAUCUGGACCGCAGCCAACAGCACCUGGCUCUGAUACAAACGUAACUUUAAAAGAAGAAAAAGCGCGAGCCCUUCAAGUGGAUAUGAAUCUAAAGUUACUCAUUCUUCCUCAAGGACCGAAGAAUAGUAAAAAUUGUUAUUGUGCUUGUGACAGCCAAGACCCGCCAAAAUUGAUACCUAUGAAGGAAUUGCCAGCAGGAAUAAGAGGUGCAUAAAUUUGAAAAAUAUUGAUUUUGUAUUUUUUGUGGUCAUUUAUGUAUUUUAUUGAAUAUAUCAUUUCAUUAUUA